CUCAGUAUUACAUCCACACACGAAUUCGCCUCUUAAACAAACUUUCAUCAUUGUUAAUCUUUGUUUCACUAAAAGCAUUACCAUUCUCAUUAUUGUUCUGAUCCUUUAUGAGAAGAACAAAAAAAGAAAUGGGGACUUUACAUUGUCGUCAUCUUCUUGGCUUUAUUUUGCUUCUUGUUCUGUUUCUUUCCUCUGGCUUUAGUUUAGCUCACGGUCACGCGAAACAUAUUCUGUCUGGCUCCAAUAUUCAUUCCCCUCGUAGUAACACUGGUGCAUCUGAAUACACAGUGUGCUCGGAUACUAGCGAGGCUGAGGGUAGGCUGUUGCCACCUGAUUUAGAUUGCGACCAAGGAGAUGUUAUUUCAAAGAUCAUAUUCGCCGACUAUGGCCAAGCCACUGGUGGUUGUGGAACAUAUAAACGCGGUAAAUGCGGUGGACGUAAUACACUGAAUAUCGUCAAACAGAAAUGUAUUGGGAAAAGGAACUGUGAGUUGCUUGCUCCGGACAAGAUAUUUGGUCCGAGUCACUGCAAGGGUACUAUAAGACUAGUUAUUGAAGCCACUUGUAGAAAGACUUAGAUUUCUUGUUUCCUACGUUAACGUGUUUGUUUUGUUAAUUUUUGCAUUGUUCUCUAUUCUUGUUUUGUUCAUGCUCGUAUUUAUUCUUUCUCAAGACGGAUCUUUAACACUUCGCAUCUUUAUGUUGUCGAUCAUGUGAUGAGGCUUCUGUUUUUUUUUGUAAUUGUGCGC